CGCAAAAAUUAAACAUAAACUUAACGGUAUCAGAAGCAACACAAUGGAUACACGUAUUAAGCUGUUUUAUUUGCUUUUCGUACUUUAUACUGUGAAAGCUCAAACCGAUUAUUGUAAAUUAAGUUGUGGUAACACUCUACAGACGGUGUGUGAAAGAAAAAAUGUGAGCUGCGGAGCUGCUUCAGAUUGCAAAAAUUUCAAACAACUAGGAUUGAGUGAUGCAGACAGACGAUACGUGUUAGACCUUCACAACAAAUACAGAAAUAGAGUGGCUCUAGGACAGGAAAAGACAGGACCGCAACCUCAAGCGUCGAAUAUGAGAGCUCUGAGUUAUAGCAAGGAACUGGAAUAUAUAGCUCAAUGUCACACAAACUCGUGCAAGUAUGCCCACGACAAAUGUAGAAAAACUCCUGAGUGGGGAUGGGUGGGACAAAACAUCGCCAUAAGAAAAAGAAACAAAGGAGAUAUUUUGCCUACACAAGAAUUUCUAAAUUGGGCGAUGGAUUCUUUUUACAAAGAAGUUAAGGACUUCAAUCCAUCGUGGGUUUCUUCAUUCGAUCAGCAUGGAAAAGCUGUAGGCCAUUAUACAGCAAUAGUGUGGGCUCGAACACGAUAUGUUGGCUGCGGGAUCACUUUUUUCGUAGAUGGUGAGGGUUGGGAUGCCUAUUACAUAGCAUGUAACUACGGAGAAGGGGGUAACGUUAACACAUUACCAGUAUACGAGCAAGGAACUCCAGCUUCAAAGUGUGAUGGUUUGCCCAAAAAUUCGAAAUAUCCUGGACUUUGCGGACCUGACAAUGUUUAGUUAACUGUAUAUAGUUAAUUGUUUUCAUAAGUUAUCAGUUAUUAAAAUAAAAUAAAUAUUUAUU